AUGUCUGAUUUCAAAACCCCCGAAGUGUCCACGGCCGCGCCAGAAGCAAUCAUCAAUCGCGAUGUCGCUGCCCAAGAACGGCAGAAGGCGAGCGGCAUCGUCGCGCGUGGCGAUGUCGUGCACCUGAGAGAUGAUCCAGAAGCCAAGGCGGCUUUCCUCUCCACCUUCACAGCAGACGACGAGAAACGAACUAUGCGUAAAGUCGACAUGCGUUUUGUUUUUCUCGCCGGAAUGAUGUACUUGAUCAAACAAAUUGAUCAAAACAACGCAACCAACAUCCGCGUUUUGCACAUCGGCCAGCCCUCCAACAUCAUGGUCGAGCUGGGCAUGACAUCUAACCAAUACAAUUGGGUCGGCUCAAUCUACGGCAUAGCGUACAUCGUCUUCGAAGCACCGUCCAACCUCCUUCUCAAGAAGCUAGCCCCUCACAACUGGCAAGCCCGUAUCUUCUUAACGUGGGGUAUCAUUACUGCUUGCCACGCAGCAGCACGCAAUCGACAUGACCUGUACGCUAUGAGGUUCCUGCUUGGUAUGUUUGAAGCUGGAAUGUUCCCGGGACUGUUGUCCCAGUUCCAAGCCUGGUACCGUCCGGAUGAGAUGGGACGUGUGAUUGCGUACUUUUUCUGUUGGAGUGCUGUAUCUGGAAUGUGUUCUGCGCUGCUCGCGUAUGGAAUUUCAUACAUGGACGGUGUUUCGGGUCUGAGUGCUUGGCGAUGGAUCUAUAUCCUCGAGGGAUUAGCGACUAUACUGUUCAGUGGUGUAGUAUGGGGUUAUUUGCCAGAUUUUCCGAAGAGUGAAAGGAGUAAAAGGUGGUUCACUGAAAGGGAACAAGAGUUUAUCGAGACGAGGCUGCCAGAGAGUGCGACAAUCACUAGUGACCCAGACUUCUCGGGAAAGGAGAUCAAGGGUGUGUUGAGCGAGUGGUUGAUCUGGAGUUUCAUGCUCAGUCAGACGCUCGUUAACUUGGGGUAUGUUGCCCAAACUUUACGCUUCCUUUCGAAUAUUGUACCUGACAAUCAAUAG